GACACGCCGUUGCUAGGGCCGCCCGGCGGCCGUGGCAACCGCCGAGAGCGGCGGCGGAGCCCGCUCUUCUACCCCCCAGGGAGCUCCCCCCGCCCCCCCCCGCCGUCGUCGCAAGGAUAUGCCGGAGGUUCUUCUACGUGAUACCUGUUGAAGAAGCAGAAUCCAUUUAUUGCCUUGCACAUGUAUAAGGAUGCCUUAAAAAGGGACCAUGGAUAAAUACAUCAAAGUUCAGAAGAUUGGCGAAGGAUCCUUCGGAAAAGCCAUUCUGGUUAAAGCUAAAGAAAAUAAUAGGCAGUAUGUUAUCAAGGAGAUUAAUAUCUCACGGAUGUCCAAGAAAGAGAGGGAAGAAUCCAGGAGAGAAGUUGCCGUGCUGGCAAACAUGAAGCAUCCAAAUAUUGUCCUGUACAGGGAGUCAUUUGAAGAAAGUGGCUCUCUCUACAUAGUCAUGGAUUAUUGUGAAGGAGGAGAUCUGUUUAAGAGAAUAAAUGCUCAGAAAGGCAUCUUAUUUCCAGAGGAACAGAUCAUGGACUGGUUUGUACAGAUUUGUUUAGCGCUGAAGCAUGUACAUGACAGAAAAAUUCUUCAUCGAGAUAUAAAAUCUCAGAAUAUAUUUUUAACCAAAGACGGAACAGUACAACUAGGAGAUUUUGGGAUUGCCAGAGUUCUCAAUAGUACUGUAGAGUUAGCUCGCACCUGCAUAGGAACUCCAUACUAUUUGUCACCAGAAAUCUGUGAAAACAAACCAUACAAUAAUAAAAGUGACAUAUGGGCCCUUGGGUGUGUUCUCUAUGAGAUGUGCACACUUAAACAUGCAUUUGAAGCUGGCAAUAUGAAAAAUCUGGUAUUGAAGAUCAUUUCUGGAUCCUUUCCUCCUGUUUCUUUGCAUUAUUCCUAUGAUCUCCGUAAUCUGCUUUCGCAGUUAUUUAAAAGGAAUCCUAGGAAUAGACCUUCAGUGAACUCCAUAUUGGAGAAAAGUUUUAUAGCCAAACGGAUUGAAAAAUUUCUCUCACCCGAGCUUAUAGCAGAAGAAUUUUGUCACAAAGUGUUUCACAAGUUUGAAGCUCAUCCUGCACCAGCAAAAAGACCAGCUCAAGGACACAUCUUAUCUAGUGCUCCUCCAGCUCAAAAAAUUACCAAGCCUGCUGCUAAGUAUGGAGUGCCUUUAAUAUACAAGAAAUCUGGAGAUGCACCUAAAAAAUCCCAUGAAAGGAAACCUCCCACAAAAUACAGACAGGCCCAACAAACUCCGGUGAAGAAAGUGAAUCCUGGAGAAGAAAGAAGGAAAGUGCUAGAGGAAGCAGUAAGAAAAAGACGACUUGAAUUAUUUGAAAAGGAUAAAAAACAUAAGGAACAGAUUAGUGUGAAGGCAGAGCAGAUGAGAAGAUAUGAAAAAGAAAGGAUGGAGCGAAUAAAUAGAGCCAGGGAACAGGGUUGGAGGAAUGUGCUGAGUUCCGGUGGAAGUGGUGAAGUUAAGGCCCCCUCUUUUGGCGGUGGAGGGAGAAUGCCUUCUCGAGGAAAGUAUGAACAUUACCAUGCUAUUUUUGAUCAGAUGCAACCACACAAGGAGAAUAUUAAGCUAGCAGAUGAUAGAGAAGCCAAAUGGAGAGGCGAAGUGCGUGGAAAACGACUUCCCGAAAGAGGAGUUCCACCUGGAUUACGUCCAGGAUUUCCUAAUGGGGCUGCGGUUCAUCACCAACCCCCCGAUGCAGAGACAAUUAGAAAAAAAUUGAAAAGAUUGGAGGCCGUGUCUAAACAAGCCAAUACAAACAGACAAAGAGGACAGAUAGCUGCAGAAAGAGCCAAACAAGUCCAGGAAUUUUUGCAGCGCAAACGUGAAGCUAUGCAAAAUAAAGCUCGUGCUGAAGGACAUAUGGGUACUCUGCAAAACCUGGCAGCUAUCUAUGGAGGCAGGUCCAGUUCUACAAGAGGAGGGAAGCCAAGAAACAAGGAGGAAGAGGAGUACUUGGCAAGAUUAAGACAAAUAAGACUUCAAAACUUCAACGAACGGCAACAAAUUAAAGCUAAACUCCGUGGCGAAAAGAGUGAAGCUGGUGGUUCAGCAGGACAAGAAGGGUCUGAAGAAGCAGAAGUGAGACGCAAAAAAAUAGAAAUACUAAAGGCCCAAACAAAUGCACGAGCCGCCGUAUUAAAAGAACAACUGGAACGAAAGAGAAAGGAAGCUUAUGAGAGAGAGAAGAAAGCUUGGGAAGAACAUUUGGUAGCGAAGGAAGCAAAGAUUCCCAGCAAUGUGGCACCAGUGGAGUCUGGUCUUUCCCAGGGGCAGCAAGAAGCAGAUGGCUCUCCUUCCAGGCAGCAGUUGCCACUGAAGCCCAGUGUCCCUGUUCUGUCCAUAACUUCGGCUUUGAAAGAAGUGGGUGCGGAUGCCCAGGGAAUCUCGGAGGAAAUGAAAAAACCAGAUAUUGCUCUUCAAAGUAAACGAGAAAUACUACGCAGGUUAAAUCAAAACCUUAAAGCUCAGGAAAAUGAUAAAAGGAAAAAGGAGCAAUUUGACAUUUGUGAAAUAGCUUUGGACAAUGAUAUUAAGAAUCAUGAAGAGGAAGAAGAAAAAUCUGUUUUAACAGAUCGUAAAAAAUGGGAAGCAGGGGCUCAGCUGGUAGUUCCUCUAGCACAGUUAACGAUGGAUGAGUCCUUCUGUGCAAGUGAGAAACACACAGUAGGAGCAGUGAUCAAGUUAGACGAGGGUGAACCCCAGAGGCGAAUUUGGGGGAAAAGUCCCACGGAUUCUGUUCUGAAAGUACUUGGAGAAGCAGAACUACAAUUUCAGACAGAAAUAUUGGAAGUAAUGACUGUUCAGAAUGAAAUUCUUGAUGGGGAAAAUGAUAAAACAGUAGUCAUUGGAAGAGAAAAAGCAAGAUUGGCUUCUAUUGAAGUAAAUCCUUCGACUGCAGUUGAUAAUACACAGAUCCAAAGACCAGAGCCUGGGGAAAGAAUCGAAUCUUCAGAGAUGGGGUCAAGUCCUGUUGUGACGGAACAAAAAGUGGAUGAACCCGAUGAUUUGGAAACAGAAAUUGUAGAUGAACCAAGUAAAACCAAAAAUAACGAUAAGCAACCAAGUACUGUUAUUGAUGUGUGGGUUAAAGAAAAGGAAGGAGCCAAGGAAAUUGAGUCACAGAAUAAGAUUGCCCGUCGACAAGACAAUGAUGAAGUCACUUCGGAAGACGGAGCCCAAAGUGAUGCUGAAGCUCAAAUAGACUCUGCUCCUCCUUCUAUGCAACCGGAACCCUUUUUCCACAAAGUGACUCAUGCACAAUCCAUAAAAACACCCCCCCUCACUCUGUCAGCUCAGUCUUCACAAGAAGAGUCUUUUCCGUCUCGUUCACAUUCUAAUUCACCUGUAAAAAGUAAAGGCAAAACUUCAUUGUUAAUUGGACUCUCUACUGGACUGUUUGAUGCAAAUAACCCAAAGAUGUUGCGGACCUGUUCGCUCCCAGAUCUCUCCAAGUUGUUCAAAACUCUGGUUGAUGUUCCCAGUGUAGCAGACGUCCAUCAUGACAAUCUCGAAAUGGAUGAACUUGAAGAUGAGCACGUUAAAGAAGGGCCUUCUGAUUCAGAAGACAUUGUGUUUGGGGAAGCAGACACAGACUUGCAAGAGCUUCGGGCCUCUAUGGAGCAGUUGCUUAGGGAACAACCAAGUGAAGAAUACAGUGAAGAGGAGGAGACUCUCUUAAAGGCCAGCGAUGGAGAACCCAUAAUAAAUGGCCCAGAGUUGGAUGAUGAUGAUAAUAACCCAAGCAGUGAAAGUGCACUUAAUGAAGAAUGGCAGUCAGAUAACAGUGAUGGUGAUAUGGCCAGUGAAUGUGAAGAGUGUGAUAGUGUUUUUAGCCAUUUAGAAGAAUUGAGGUUUAACCUGGAGCAGGAAAUAGGCUUUGAAAAAUUCAUUGAAGUUUAUGAUAAAAUAAAGGCUAUCCAUGAGGACGAAGAUGAGAAUAUUGAAAUUUGUUCAACAAUAGUUCAGAGUAUUCUGGGAAAUGAACAUCAACACCUCUAUGCCAGGAUUCUUUAUUUAGUCAUGGCAGAUGGAGCCUAUCAGGAAGAUAAUGAUGAAUAAAUGAACAGAAGACAUUCUUUAAUAUCCGGAAGAAUGAAUGGAUUUGAAUUCUGCAAAGCAGAAUUCCAAGCUUCAGUGGAAAAUGUUGCAAUCAUCUCCUAGGAUAAAGAGCAUACACGUUGAGACAGGCAUGACAAUUGCAUGAAGGAUAGGGAAUACAUACCAUUUUUCAAAUAAAUGUUUCUCUUUUAUGUAUUUUCUUUAAAAUGUUUCUUGUGUUCUCAAGUUACAGUUAUAGAAUCUGUACUUCAUAUUAAAACAUCCAACCAAAGAGACAAAGAAGUUCACCCAGAAAUGGAUUUAAAGGUGGGAAGGAUUUAUCGUGAAAUAAAUUGGCAUUAACUGUUGAAUGUUAGUCUUAGUGCAGUUGAGGGUGCCCUUUGUUGUGAAGACCUGCCUUGGACUUUACAUCUAUGCACUUAAGCAGAGCCUCUUUCCAUUGAAUGCUAAAGGCAGUAUUUUGUGUUUUUUCAGAUCAGCGAGGCUGGGUUUAAAAUGCCCUUUCUUGACAAGGGCCCUCUUAAGUAUUUACAUUUUUGAAAAUAACAUUUUUAGCCUUUUAAAGUUUACAUUUUCUAAACUUUUUUUAAACCAGUGCCACCUGAACCAACCUAAUGGAUUUUACAAACUUAGGGGAACAGGUGUAUCACUGACUUAGAGAUCAUUGAAAAGGCUUGAUUUAAAAAUGAUAGGGAUGGAGAAAUUCCAUUUCUUGACAUUUAGGAAAUCGGUCAGAUUCUUACACAAUUUUGUUUGAAGGCAGGAAUUACUAAAGUGAAUUCAGUUUUUCUAGCUUUGGUAAACCGUGAUUCAGUAUUCAGCUUAAUAGUUCCUCCAUGGGUCCUUACCAUGCAUUUCUCUUCCCAUUGCUGAGGGGAGCAACGGGAAUUUAAAAAAAAGUAAUUAAGGGCUGGCUAAAGUACCAUCUUGACCUUAAAUUUCUCUGGGAAAAGUUGCUUUAGUUUUUUUCCCCUUCCUCUGUUGCCCUGUCAGGAGGUUUCACUAAGGCAAGCAUUCCCUUCUGAGAUGUCUAUCUAAAGCCCUGCCUUCAGCAAGACACAAAUUAGAUGGUUGGGUAGCAAAUUUCCGAUAUCCAGAUGCCUUGUGGUCCAAGCCGGAAUUGUCAAUUCCCUAAGUCAGAGCUGCCUGGAUGGCAAAAAGGACUAUCUUGCAACUCUACGUUAAAAUUAUUACAUCUAUCAUUUCUAACAUUCAAAAAUAAAUAUUUGAUUUUUGUAUUUACUUUUACUGUGUUCCUAUUAAAUUUAUUUCUUACCUACUUUAAAAA